AUGAAUGGGCAGGUGCGUUAUCACGCUGGAGUUGCAACUCAACGGGCAUAUACAAUUCUGUCAUUUUCCUACGAACAUCCCAUAAACACCGCUACACGUCAGGGAAGUACUUCUUGUUUACUGUCUGACAAGGAGGAGUAUGCUCAUGAUGAACAAUAUCCUUAUAGUCGUAGAAAACUGUCAACAGUGUCUUCACAUUGCUUCAACCCAUUCAUGCUUUCUUCGGUCAAAGAGAUAAGAUUAUUCAUAGAUACAUGUAAAGAAGUGUUUUCCUCUUUUCUUUCUCUUUCUAUUACAUUCCACUGUCUAGUUAUUUUAAACUAUAAUCUAUCUAACAAUCUAUCUAUUCAUAGCUAUCAGUGUCUCUUUCUCUCCCUCACACUGUUUCAAUCUAUCUAUCUAUCUAUCUAUCUAUCUAUCUAUCUAUCUAUCUAUCUAUCUAUCACGUGCUAUUUUACAAACUUUGGACAUCACUUUUGCGUGAAACAGAAUUUUCAUUUUAUUCGCUCAUUUAUAUUUUCUUCUAUUCAUAUCUAUCUAUCUAUCUCAGUCUAUUCAUAUCUAUCUAUCUAUCUCAGUCUAUUCAUAUCUAUCUAUCUAUCUAUCUAUCUAUCUAUCUAUCUAUCUAUCUAUCUAUCUAUCUCUAUUUAUCUAUUAUAA